UUUCCAUCCUUCCCACCUUUUUCUUGCUUCGAUUCCUCUGCUUUUCUUCAACAUUAUAGCAGAGGAAUUGAAAAGCAGAGGAAACAAAACAGAUUGAUUAAUCUUUUUCUUACAUAAUUCGCAUUCAUUCCUCUUCAUAAUCUGCUACCACAGGAUUAGAGAUAUGGUGACAAAAGCGCAGGAAUCGGCCCCCGAUGUCAGAGAGGUCGACUCGAACGCGCCAUUCCAGUCCGUCAAGGAUGCUGUCUCUCUAUUCGGUGAUGCAGGGUCGCCUGCGUCCGCAUCCACGGCCCUGGCCAAGAAGAAAGCCGAGGAGGGAUUGAUCCAAGUAGAGGCGCAACAUCACCUAAUGGUUAAGGAGCGGUUACACUACACCAACCAAUUGCGAACCACCGAAGCUGCAAAAGCGCAAGCUCUGCGCGAGCUGCAGCUGGCCGAUAAGACGCUGGACUACCUCCGAAACAAGCUUCAAACACUCACCAAUUCCAAGCAGUCAUCCAUUGCAGCUGCCGAGGCUGCCAGAGUCCGAGCUGUGGAGCUGGAGGAGCGAGAGAGCAGAGCACCGCUGGGCAAGUCCAUCCUCGACAACGAGUGGGAGCUUUUCAAAUCCGCCACGGCACAAGUCAUCGCUAGCAAGGAGGAGCUCACGAAUCUAAGAAAGGAUUACGAUGCUGUCGUGGUGGAGAGACUCACGAUGCUCCAGAAAGCGGAAGGAGCCCAGCACGAGCUGCAGAAGGACGAGGAGAGGCAGGGCCAGGUCAUGAAGGAAGUCGAACAACUGCGCCAGACGUUCGAUCAGGCGAAGCAGGCCUUGGUCGAGGUCGAAGAGGAGUACAUGAAGCUCGUCGCGGAGAAGGAAGAGUUGUUGAAUAGUCAUAAACUAAACCAGGAGCGCGUCGAGAAAGAGAUCAAGCGCUUGGAAGAAGAAUACGUGCCAAGCGAAACUCUCCAGGCGAAUCUCGAUGAGACGAUGGAAGCGAUCAGAGUUCUGCAAGAACAGCUGCACGACAUGCAGUCCUCAGAUCUGUACACCAUCCGGCAGAUGGCUUCCGAGCUCGACAGCGCCAAGAGGGUAUUGGAAGAAGCCGUAGCAGAAGAAAACAUGCUCCGAGCUUCCAAUGAUUCGACUAAGAAGCAACUGGAGGAAGUGCAGAGCGAGCGGACAGCAGCAGAGAAGGCGGAGUUGGAAGCCGAAUUGACCAUUGAGCAAAUGCAGGGCGAUCUAGAGAAGAGCGAGGCUGAGCUCGAGAAAGCUAAGUCGGAAUGUGGUUUCAAUAUGCAAUCUCGUGUGGGGAAGCUUCUAGAAGAGGCUGAAAUGGCAAGGCAUGAAGCAGAAAGCAAUAAGAAGAGCGCUAAAUUACUACGCGAAGAGGCCAAAGCAGCAGCAGCUGUGACCGAAGAAGCAGACGAAAAGCUCAAGACGACACUGAAGGAAGCGGAAGAAGCCAAGGGUGUCGAGAGGCUCGCAGAGGAACAAAUCUACUGCUAUGAGGGUCAUGGCGAUGGUUCAGGAUCAACUAGGAGGAUCACACUGUCAGCUGAGGAGUUCGACUCAAUGAAUGAGAAGAUCAAGGAGUACACGAGUAAGGCCGACAUAGAAGUGGCCACUGCCAUUGCCGAGGCAGAGGCUAUAAAUGCAAGAGAGAAAGAAAACUCAGAGAAACUGGAGGCAUUAUUGAAAGAGAAUGAGGCCUUAGAGUUAGAAAUCAAGGAGGCUCUCAAGGCAGCAGAAAUGGCAGAGGCCGACCAGAGAUUGCUUGAGACCGAACUCCAGAAAAGGCGUCAAAACGAAGUCAGCAAAGCUACAAAAGUGAAACGCUGAUCAGUACAUGUGUUUUUGGAGAUGAGGGUAAAUAUUUAGGAAUUCAAUAGCAAAUCGCUUACUUGUACUUGGUAGAUAAAACAGAGAAUAAUGAGACAGAGCAUACCUGGUCAGCAAGCACAAGCCACAUCUUGAUCGAAGAUUCAUGAGAUCGCAGCCUAAUUUUUCUAGUCAUCAGAUUUCAGAAAGCGCAUUCUUUGAGAUUUGUAACUACUUACCACAAAAAUCAAAUUUUCUUCUU